AAGCGAGAGGGCAAGAUGACUUCACUGGGAUCCACCGCCUGCUUUAGAUUCCUCCACCCUUACAAACUCUGCAGCUUCCCAGUCAGUUCCCCGUCCAGCAUCCAUCGGUUUCUCAUCGAGCUCCUCACUGAUUUGGGAAAUCUGCCCGCAAAUCAGCUGGGAAGCCUUAAAUUUUUUUCACGAGGGAUUUCUACAAAAGCAUCCUCUUGUAUCCAGUCACAACUUCCUCCUGUUCCCUCUUCUCUCCAUCUGCUUCCCUGGAGGCAGAUUCCAAGCUUGCCAAAUUCCAGAGUUUGGGAAUACUUUUGUGCUCGGGCCAGGAGAAGCAAAACAGACGAGGACGUAGCGGAGCAAGCAGCACUUAAAGGGACCCUGGCUCCUGUAAAGAUGGCUGACGUGGUGCAGCCAGAUCCCAACAGCCUGCAGAUACCGGGGGAAAAUUUAUCAACGCCGUCUUCGCCUGCCACGGCGAGAAACGACUGCAGCAUCACGCCCCUCACGCCCUCCCCGUCGCCGAGGGUGGAGGUCAGACCCAGGAUGGCCUGCCCUUUCUCAGUUGUCGUGGCGAUAGACUUUGGGACAACCUCCAGCGGCUACGCUUUCAGCUUCACGCAGGACUCCGAAGCCAUUCACAUGAUGAAACGUUGGGAGGGAGGCGACCCCGGAGUGGCCAAUCAGAAGAGCCCAACAUGUCUGCUGCUGACCCCUGAAUUGAGGUUCCACAGUUUUGGAUUCGCCGCGCGAGACUUCUACCACGACUUAGAUCCUGAGGAGGCCCGGCACUGGCUUUACUUUGAUAAAUUUAAGAUGAAGAUCCACAGCACAAGCGACCUCACCAUGGAGACAGAGCUGGAGGCGGUCAACGGUCGGAGGGUCCGGGCCAUCGAGGUGUUUGCUCACGCCCUUCACUUCUUCAGGGAACAUGCUCUGAAGGAGGUGAAAGACCAGUCGUCAUCAGUGCUGGAGGGAGAGGAGAUCAGAUGGGUGAUUACCGUCCCUGCUGUGUGGAGACAACCUGCCAAACAGUUCAUGAGAGAAGCUGCGUACCUGGCUGGUCUCGUGUCUCCCGACUGUCCCGAGCAGCUCCUCAUCGCUCUCGAACCCGAGGCUGCCUCCAUUUAUUGCCGCAAGCUCCGCCUCCACCAGGUGAUUGACCUGAGCAUGCAGCCAAUCACGAACGGCCUGGAUCCGGACGGGUCCCGACCCUUCGACUCCAGCUUCAGACAAGCGAGGGAGCAGCUGAGGCGAUCGAGGCACAGCAGGACCUUCCUGGUGGAGAGUGGAACUGGAGAGCUGUGGUCAGAGCUGCAGACCGGUGACAGGUAUGUGGUUGCAGACUGUGGAGGAGGAACAGUUGACCUGACAGUCCAUCAGAUCGAGCAGCCUCAGGGGACACUUAAGGAGCUCUACAAGGCUUCAGGCGGGCCCUAUGGCGCUGUCGGUGUUGACCUGGCCUUCGAAGCCAUGUUGUGCCAGAUCUUCGGCGAGGACUUCAUCCAGAGCUUCAAAGCCAAGCGGCCGGCUGCCUGGGUGGACCUCACCAUCGCGUUCGAGGCGAGGAAACGGACGGCGUCGCCUGGCAGGGCCAACGCCCUCAACAUCUCCCUGCCCUUCUCUUUUAUCGACUACUACAAGAGGCACAGAGGGCAGAGUGUGGAGGCCGCCCUGAGGAGGAGCAACAUGAACAUCGUGAAGUGGUCGUCCCAGGGGAUGCUGCGGCUCACGCAGGAAGCCAUGAACGAGCUCUUCCAGCCCACCAUCAUCAAUAUCGUCAAACACAUUGAGGAGCUGAUGGCGAAGCCGGAGGUGCGCGGUGUGCGUUUUCUCUUCCUGGUUGGUGGUUUCGCAGAGUCGCCCAUGUUGCAGAAAGCAGUCCAGAAGGCUCUGGGGAGGACGUGCCGCAUCAUCAUCCCCCAUGAUGUCGGUCUGACCAUACUGAAGGGCGCCGUGCUCUUCGGGCUGGAUCCCACUGUGGUCCGAGUGCGUCGAUGCCCUUUGACCUACGGCGUCGGCGUCCUGAACCGCUUCGUGGAGGGACGCCACCCUCGGGACAAACUCCUCAUGAAGGACGGACGCGAGUGGUGCACCGACAUCCUCGACCGCUUCGUCUCAGUCGACCAGUCGGUGGCUCUGGGGGAGGUGGUGAGGCGGAGCUACACGCCCGCUCGCCUGGGCCAGCGCAAGAUCAUCAUCAACAUCUACUGCAGCGCCACCGACGACAUCACGUACAUCUCCGACCCCGGCGUCAGGAAGUGCGGCACGAUAACUUUAGACCUACCGGAGCCGUUGCCGCUGCCGGGAGCGGUGGGAGGAGCAGGAGCAGGAGGAGCUGGACCGGAGAGGAGGGAGAUCAGGGCGACCAUGCAGUUCGGAGACACGGAGAUCAAAGUCACUGCUGUUGACGUCAUGUCUAACCGCUCCGUCCGGGCCUCCAUAGACUUCCUGUCCAACUGAGGAGGAGCAGGACGUGGAGAUUUGAAAACACACAUAACUGAUUCCAGGGAUGAUAAUUUUAGAAAAAGCGGUACUUUGGGAGUGGGCGACAUGUUUUUGUUUUUUUUCAGAGGGAGCAUUGGAUUCUUAGAAAAAACUCCCCUAAUUCAGACUUUCCUGCUUUGCAUUCACUCAUUAGAACACGUAUUAAAUCCCCCCAUCCUUCACAAACACAUCCUCCUCAACAAAUGCCUGAGCUGAAGGGCAGAGUACCCUCUGUGCACAAAAAAGAAGAAAUUAAUUCAUGUGCCUCCUGGCUUCAGUGGAGAGUUUGUCAUGUCACACCAUAUAAUCCUGUCACCGGCAUUUCCUGCCCAGAAAAGUCAGAGAAACACUCUGUGAAGCCGAAUGCAAGCUGGGGGCUGAGUACAAAUCCCUGCUGCAACACUCCAAACCUUCUCAGAAUUCAACCUCACUAAGGAGUAUGUCGACUGUUACCGAGGGUUUAUGACCCAGACAGACUCUUCCUAACACAGUAUACUACCUAGAGUGACACUCACUCAUGUUAACUGUUAAAUAUAAAGACUGUUGUCUCAUAUAAUAAGUGAUACCUCAAUUAAAUCCUGUCUUCACACCUACGAUAUUGAUGUUACUACCGGGACAACCGCUUUGUUUCUCUGUCAUGUUAGUGCUCCACUUAGUGGCGAAAAUGCUGGACUGCAAGGAUUCAACAUUUCUCAAGAUAAAUCAGAAAACAUCUAAGGGUCGUAUACUAGAAAGUACUGUGUUGUUAUACCAGCGUGAGCCUUAAAAAGUCGUGUUUCCACAUUUGUGUUAUCCUUCAUGGAUGAGGUUCGUCAUCUUCAGUCCAAGUCUGUUUCAACUGUGUAAAAGUUAUGUUUCAAAACAUUUAAAAUGUUUCAAAACCUGCUUUAAAAAAAAUAUUAAAGCUGCAUAAUUUGGUGAAGAAUCUACAAACUGGAUAUAACAAUUUUGAAUUGUGUCUUUUGGACGUCUUACAAAUCUAAAUCCAGUCGCCUUUUGCUCUGUUUUUGGUCUCCACCAGCCACUGAGGGAAAUAUCUGGCUCUUUAGCUGCUAAAUGCUCCACUUUGUCAACAGCUCGGUUGCUUUGUUGAUUUGCUGGAUAGGUAUUGUACGGUGGAGUGUUUUAUAACACCACAGAGCAAGAUGGUGAGUCUGCAGGCAAAAAUAACAAGCUAUAGGGUCGCAAAAACCCCACAAACCUGAGGUGGAACUGGUGGCGGUGCUCUGUAGGUUUCCUCACUAAUUUACAACUAUUUGAAAGUGCAGCUUUAACACGAGUUCCUGUAGAAAGAAAAACUCUUUGGUUGGAGGUGUCAGCUCCCAUUACUACAGAUGUCUAUUUUUAAUGUGUAUUCUGUAAUAAAGUGUACCCAUGUUAAAGUAUAUAGAAACAAGACUGAUGAACCACUGUAAGGUCCAGUGUGAAGGAUUUAGUGGCAUCUAGUGGUGAAGUUGCAGAUUGCAAGCAACUGAAUUGUCCACUCGCAAUUUCCAUAUUCACAUUCAGCCAAAGAGAACCUACAUUUGCCCCAAACUGUCCCCCUCUGUAGAGCCAGUGAUUGGUUUGUCUGCUUGAGGCUUUUGUAGAAACAUGGCCGCUCUGUUAAUAUAAAGGACUCAUUCUAACAAGAUUCAUGUUCCCAGGUGAUAAGACACUCAUUAGAAUAAAAUCAUGAAUACAUUUCUAAAUCCUUCACACUGGUCCUUUAAUCUUGUUUGUUUCGACCUCAUGUCUAGAACAUUGUGUCCUGUGCAGGUUGGUAAAGGGAUAAAACUAAGCCUUGUUCGUACAUUUUUCAAACAGCUGAUGUCUCACUUUAAACACCUGCAGUCCACCUGCUAUAAUUACUGACACACAAUGAGGAAGAAGAGUCAACAGAAUGAUUUCAGCUGUGAAUUUAUUGAUAAGAAUGGUCCAAUAAAUAGUUUCACACAGCACGAGCAACACUCUUUCAGAUAUGCUCAACAUCCUAUCAGUGCUUUGCUUCCCAUGUUGCACAUCAGUUUGUCACGUAACACAAAACCAGAUUAUAGAAGUUAUGGAACGACUCCUUCAGGUUGGAAGGAGAAGCGCUGACCUGAAGGGGACAGGAGUGUGUUUGUUUCCAAACUGAGGGGGAACUGCUGUCGUUCGGCUUCAAUUUCAGUAAAACAGCUACAGGUGGAAACAGUGCUCGAAAUGUUAAACGGGUCAAUGAUUCAGUAAGAAAAAC